AUGCCGGAAAAGUUGUCGGGCCAACAGAGUGCAGGAAAGGGGCAGCCGCGUAGAGUGCAGUCGAGAUCAUCCAGUCCAGUGGGACACGAGAACGUGGGUUUUGGAGAGGGACCCGCCCGAAGAAGAUUGCAGAAGCAUUCUUCAACCACCUUUCUUUCCGAUGCCGCGUUCCAUUCCUCUAGUAAUCUUGUCGGGUCUCGAAUAAGCACUUUGAGCAAGCGGAGACUCUCCAUUCGCGAUCAGAAGGUUCCUCAGGGUCCACGCCCACAGGACCUGCCGCCUCGCAGCAACGCCUCCGGCGCCGUUCUUCAUUCCGGUAAAUCUUCAGUCGACUCGACCAACGAAUCUAUAAAGAGCUCCAAUUCCCGAGUGAGCCUUCGGUCCAAUAGCAUGGGUAAUUUUUCACAGACAGAGUACAAUCACACCCCCCCCAAUAGCGUGGAAUUCCUCGCCCCGGUCAAUUUCGAUGAUUUCCACAAUAGCAUCAUGGCGGAACCGAGCUUGAACCAUUUCCCAAUGCCUGGAAAUAGGGGGGUCGGGUUUGAGCGUCAAACCGCCUCGUUUCAUCCUACUAAUCCGUGGGCAAAUAGCAGUGCCGACAGUAAUACAUCAGGGCGCGCGAGAAGUAACUCUGCUCGACGGAAAAGUCUAGUGGGCCAGCAUCUCUCAACUGACAUCUCAUCCUCCCGCCCCCCAGUCUCCACAACCCUGACGACCCGAAAUCGUCGACAGAGCCUCGCUCAAAACCAAGGCAGCACCGGUGCUUCGCCACGUGUACCGCGCAAAUCGAUUGGACCUGGUUCACUACCUACGGCUGCAUCUGCGCGACGACAGAGCCUGUCAGCCCGAAAAGCCAGUGCUGACACGACCCGAAAUGACCAAACAAACUUUCUUCGUCCACGAGCGCAGCAUUUGGAGUCGGGUCGCAAUGAUGGUACAAAAUUCUCAGCAAACGUGCGGAAUGCAAAGGCCAAAUCUUUCCAGCCUCCCCCGAGGGACCUCGGUGACAACUUUUUGGCGACGUCUGGGGCUGUCGACCAAGGUAGAUCUUCCUCCACGAACGCUGUUCGAACACCGAUCAAGAACGUAGGAGGGAGAGCAACCACUCCGUCUUCAUGUUCGAAGCGAAUGUCGGCUAUGCCACCACAUGCGACGGGUCUUGGUGCUCGCACUAUUAGUCCCACCGAUGCACGACGCCUGAAACGCAGGUCAAUCGCACCACAAGCCCAUCCGCUGCCUUUUACACCACCGAGUCAAACUGAUCCAUUGCCACUGCGCCCUCGUUCAUGUGCGCACUCCCCUUCGAACAUUCCGCGGAAAAGCGUUACUCCCUCGUCCACGCGGACUACUCCCGAUCCCAAUCGCAAGUCCUACAGUUCGGGCUUGUCUUUGUCGUCCAACACCAGCUAUAAUUCUGCAAGAAACUCCGGGGGCUCUUUACAAGCAAGAUUAUCGCAAAACUUAUCAUCGUCCCGUCUCCCAACACCAAAACCUCGGAUGGAACAUGCGCAGUCGACCAAUGAUGAGGUCCCACCCGUGCCCGCUAUCCCCAAGGCAUAUGAAUCCCCCAAGGGUGAUCUGGAACAACCGCCAUAUUCUGGAGCUCGAAAGUCUAGUUUACCCGUGGAAGUUGAGCUUCUCAAGGCUAGAAACGACUCUGAUUCAAACACGAGUGUGACGCUCUCUUUAACUAAGAGUGGGGAUGCUCAGAUCUCAAAUGCACAAGCAAUGAAAACCCCGGAGGCUAAACCACCGCCUCCUGUUGGGUACACAACGAGGAAUCUUCAGCCUUUGAAAUUGCCUCCGUUGAACUUGUUACCCCUCGGGACACCCAUGACAGCGAAAAUUGAGGCAUUAGUUGAUAGAGAUGAGGAUGACCAUUCGUCCACUCCUUCCGCCCAAAUCAUAUCCAAGACCCCAAGCACUCCAUUAACUGCCUCGAAAGCCAACUUCUUUUCUUUCCGCGACGAUGAUGACCCAAUUCCGUUGCCUCAUGCGAGAAGCAGCACUUCGCAUUUUGCCCUGAGCACCUCCUCCGGUGCUGGCCUUCGGACUGCGAGCAGCUCCAGUGCACUUGUGUCCUUUGACAACAUGCCUGGCGGUGCGAGAACGGUCUCGCCUUAUAUCUCGUACACUCUACCGAAAAGCAGCAGCGAAUAUAAUUAUCUUCGCCAAAAACCUAGUGGUGAUUACUCUCCAAGAAUGUCACAGUCUUACAAACUUAAUGGGCCCCGACCCCAAACCCAAUCUUCUGCUUUCUCCUCCAACGCCGAGACAAUCAGUCAACUUUCUACUCCUUCUGACCCCGAUAAUAACAGUAUCUCUGGAUCCUCUCUUCGGAACCAGAUUACCCUGACGCGGAAACGAAGCACCUCUAAAUCCCAGCAGCAGCAGCAGCAGCAGCAGCCGCCGCCUCCACCGCUGCUAGAAGUCAGCACGGAUCCCAAGAAGUAUGAUCACAUGCCACCCCCGAAGCUUCCGGCCUCUGUCACUUGGAAUAAUCUAUCCACAACCAAGACGUCGAGUCCCACGCUGAAGCCGGCGUACCUCAAAUCCAGACGACAGUCAUCCAUGUCAGGCGCAACAAACGUAGCGCUUAGGAAACCAAGCUUCAGCAGCGACCAAAGCCUUGCCCUCGAGCCGAGUAGGUCUCAUGAAUCCACUGAGAGUGACAGCGUGCAACAGCAUCACUGUGCUUCUUCCAUCCUUUCGCCGGUUCACAAGAUCAUUAGCUCCGCGAGGUCGAAUGUGGCAGCAUCUACUUCGCCUUCAUCCGACAGCAAUGUAGAUUCUGAAAUCCUGGCCGCGGACGACGAGAUGCGAAAACUUGGUAGUAAGCGGAAGGAUUUUGAGAACGCCGCGAAAGAACUCGAUAAUCUUCGCCGGAAGGCUGGACCGAAAGAUCGUGUUACCGCAGCCCAGGCGCUACGGUUCGCCAAUUUGAACAUCUUCGAACGCGGAGAGAUUAUCGACUUCAAGGAUAUCUAUUUUUGUGGGACCCAAAAUGCUAAGAAGCAUGUUGGGGACCUCAAUUCACAGGCUGCAAACUUUGGUUAUGACGAUGACCGUGGGGAUUACAAUAUUGUCCUUGGUGAUCACUUAGCCUAUCGGUACGAAGUGAUGGAUGUUCUGGGUAAGGGUAGUUUUGGCCAGGUGGUGAGAUGCAUUGAUCACAAAACUGGUGCUCUGGUGGCGGUCAAGAUAAUCCGUAAUAAGAAGAGAUUCCAUCAACAGGCGCUGAUUGAAGUCAACCUUCUCCAGAAAUUGAAGGAAUGGGAUCCUCAUCGUCGUCACAGUGUGGUUAAUUUCACCCAAAGUUUUUACUUUCGAGGACACCUGUGCAUAUCUACGGAGCUCCUCGGGAUGAAUCUGUAUGAAUUCAUCAAGGCCCAUGAUUUCAAAGGGUUCUCGAUCAAACUUAUCCGCCGGUUCACAAAACAAAUACUGAGCACUCUGGUGCUUCUCCACGCUAAGAAGGUGAUUCACUGCGAUCUCAAACCCGAAAAUAUUCUCCUUGUUCAUCCCUUGAGCUCCGAAAUACGAGUCAUCGAUUUUGGCUCAAGUUGUUUCGAGAACGAGAAGGUCUACACGUACAUCCAGAGUCGUUUUUACCGUUCUCCCGAGGUGAUCCUUGGUAUGUCGUACGGCAUGCCGAUCGAUAUGUGGAGCGUAGGGUGUAUCUUGGCUGAGCUCUACACUGGCUAUCCAAUCUUUCCUGGUGAAAACGAACAGGAACAGCUUGCAUGUAUCAUGGAAGUUUUUGGGCCUCCCGAGAAACAUUUGAUUGAGAAGAGUACUCGCAAGAAGCUAUUCUUCGACUCUCUUGGUAAACCGAGGAUUACGGUCUCCUCGAAAGGUCGGAGACGUCGUCCAAGCUCCAAGGAACUCAGGCAGGUCCUGAAGUGCGACGAUGAAGCCUUUUUGGACUUUAUUGCCCGCUGUCUUCGGUGGGAUCCUGCCCGUCGGUUGAACCCACACGAUGCCCUUAGACAUGAAUUCAUCGCUGGAAUCAAAAUGGCUUCACGACCAAGAACAUUCGGCACUCAUUCCCCCGGGAAACGUGUCAACACGUUUUCCACCCCUUCGGCGGGCCGACCUCUUCCAGAACCGCCCGGCACAGGUCUUAAAGCCGGCUCCUUUAUCCGUCGAGACGCCUCGACCUCCUCACCUGUUAAACCGAUCUCUGGGAAGCGUCACUCUACCGUGAGCGGGUUACCACCGUCGACGCCUGCUAAGCGAGGCACAAAUGCCACCACUACCCCUGGGUCCGCGUUACCUCGUGUUUCCGCACGAAGUAUCAGUGGGAAGCCUGACCUUGCAACUGCAGCGGCAGCGACAAGCUUGGUAGGUCGAGCGACGGAUGACACCCCCCAAGAUUGA